UUCCAUUCAUGGUACACCCAGAAGUAAAUGGUGUACUUGAAUAUUGUAGAUUUUAUGUUUUGAUUCACAGAGACGUCACUCCUAUAUUUUUUUUGCCACUCAGAUCUGUGUUUCUUUUUAAUAUUGAGCGUGAGAGUUGACUAUUAUAUAGAUUACAGAAAUAAAAAGCCAACACUUCACUGUAGCGUUCGUGUGCUACGCACUGUGAAUGUAAACAAUAAUAUUAGACCUCGCCUUUCCCUGUGCUUUAAAUGUAAAGAGAUUUAUUUCUUCAAACUGGGAAAACACAGAAGAUUAAGUCAAUGACCAAUGUCAAGGACGCUUGAUUUGGAUGUUAACUGUCCGAUUCCCAUUUCGGAAGACAAGACGAGUGCCAGUGGCACAACUGCACAAGAACUUAAACAUGAUGAGAAGUCUGAACUGUGUCUUCAACAUGAUGAGAAGUCUGAACUGUGUCUUCGACAUGAUGAGAAGUCUGAACUGUGUCUUCAACAGAGCAUUAAAUAUAGAAUAACCGAGACUCAGUUUACUAAGACAUUACAGGACGAGACAGUUGAUAAGUUGGUUGAUGAGUUUGAAUUUGUCAACUUGGCCGAAAAGUCAAGACACCAGGAAGAUUUAAGGAAGCAGUCAAAAAAUGCACUGAUCAAAGCCAUAGAAAGUGAAUGGCAUUUUAGACCUUAUUUGUGGACGCAACCUUUGAAUCUCAAGCGCAAUGUGGUACCAUAUCACUUCCUGAACAACGUCCCAAAAGAAAAACUCAUGCGUCCACUUCGUGAACGGAGCGCGUGCCAUCUGGCCACGUGCUUCGGGGAAUUCUGGGAGAGCGUCUUCUAUCACCUUCAAAUGACCGAACAGGACGUCAGCAUCGCCAAGGCUGACAAUAAAUAUAUCUAUAAGGCGGCAACCAUGCUUUUGAUGAAGUGGGCCUACAAGAUGGCCAGCAGAGGGACACUGAAAGCGCUAAUUGACCAGCUCAUAAUUGUCAGUGAUUAUGACCUAACGCAAAUUGAUUGGGAGAGAAUUCUGCACAUCAUUAGGGAAGAUGACUGAUUGAGAUUUUACCGUCUAGUCUUAUUAUGUUUAUAUUUUGUUAUUAAAUUUAAAAAAAUCUUUCUCAACAAUGA